UUAUAUUUUAAUGUUUCUGUUGUCAGACAACGGAAUUAAUAUUAUAAUGACUGAAACGCGGUCCAUUAAGACUACAUACCAGCUCUCAAAGAUGUUAAUCUGUGCACUAAAAUCCUAUUCACGACUAUGAAAUAACAUACACAUAAGAUUAAGACAAUGGUUGAACUGUGAUUUCGACUGUACUUGUAUGUAAAAUAGAGUUUGAAGCAACAGAAUAUCUUUUUUUAACUGAAAGUGCUGCUCCUCUCUGCUCGCUGAACAGGGCAGAUAGAGAUGCGUGUGCGCGCGCUGCCUGUGGGGGGGGGGGGGGGGGAGAGAGAGAGAGAGAGAGAGAGAGAGAGCGCGAGCGCUUGUGCUCGUUCGGCAGUACUGGAGAGUCUCAGAGAAUAAAUAAGGUCUGUCAAAAAAAAGUCGCUAGAUUUGUCGCUAGUCGCUUUUUUGGAAAAAAGUCGCUAUGGGGGUUUGAAAAGUCGCUAAAUCUAGCGACAAAUCCGCUAAGUUGGCAACACUGAGUGAACGCGUUGUCGUAGCGCUUGACAUUUACAUAACAAAAGCUGCGGACAGACACGCGCUCAGCGCUCUUUACUCCACGCGACACACGAGAGCUCCACACACAAACACAGUGUCCGUCGUUUCCCAGCGUUUCCAGUCGAUUGGAUAUAAGUUUGUGUCUUAUUUUCCAAACCUGGGUGUAUGCUGUGUUUUGGUCAGUCAUCCUUUUUCCGCUUUAACCACCCAGAGGAGGCCCUCAGGAUGAAGAGUUUGAUGCCAGGUGGAAGCCCUGGAUUUACCAGUACCUACAAAAACCAUUCAGAAACCCAUCGGCAGCUCAAUGGAAACCACCUUCCUUUGCAAGAGCGACCUCGUCCUGGACAAGGCACUCUUGUGCGCUCUAUUGACAAGGAUCUUCAUGACAUUAUGAAUUCUCUGACUAUGGAUGAAGGCCAGACUUACUCAUCUGAGCAAUGUAAAAAUGCCCGCCACCCCAUUCCAAAGUCUGCUCAACGUGAGCUCAUGCUCAACGGGAGCGGCCACAGUCUUGUCUCCCAUCCAGCCAGUCCUGGUACUUUGUCUGUAAGCUCCAAUUAUGAAAAUACCAGUCCUCCUUUCUCCCCCCUCUCCACCCCUUCUGUGGUUAGCAGUACAGGGUCUUCCACUAAUACCCGUUCUACCAGCUACACCCAUAUUGUCCAGGCCCCAGUGCCACAGCCACGCACUUUUGCAUCCAAAGGCAGCAGUUCCAAUGGAGGGCUAAAGGAUCAAGAAAGUUCCAGGCUUCAAAAAGCCUUAACUGAAACCCCCUCAAGUCCAGUGAUGAACCGCAGAGGAUCUUCUAGCCCUAGAUCCAGUGUUGGCUCAUCAGUCCAAGAAACUUCUUCCAGUCUUCAGUCCCAUUCACGUGCACUCCUUCCUCCAGACAGUCCCCAGUCAUCCCGUCGUGGUGUAGAACCAUCCAGCAUGCGUGAACUUCCUCCUCUCAGCCCGUCCACAGCACGCAGAGGUGUCCUUGGGGUACCAGUUCUCCCUGGAGCUCUGCCCGGCAUUCCUUCGACCUCUCGUGGCCGGACUGUACCAGAGAGUCCUCGUCUUCAACGAAGAGCCACAGCUGAGGAAGAAGUAGGAAAUACGAAACUGAAGGACCAGCAGAAGGGGGGUCUAACCCCAGCUCUUGGCUCUCAGGCUGGUGUCUCUCCCCUCACUAGUCCCCGUAACCAGAGAAAGAACUCCAGGGAGCCUCGGCAGGUUCAGCCGCGCACACGGGAACGUAAGAACAGCAUUUCAGAGGUCAGCGACAAAGAGGAAGACCUUCUGGAGUACCAUCGUUGGCAAAGAGAAGAAAGGAUGCGUGAGCAGGAAAUGGAGAGGCUGGAGAGACAGAGACUUGAGACCAUCCUGAAUUUGUGUGCCGAGUAUAAUAAGAGUGACCCUCCAGUGGGCAUGGACACAGGGAGGGCGUGUCAAUUUCCAGGGAUGGAGGAGGUCUCUGUUCGGCGACCCGGCCCUGACCCUGCAAGUGGGUUAGCCCAGAGCUCUCACAGACAGAGAGAGAGUGAGGAGGAGAACCUGAAAGAGGAGUGUAGCAGCACUGAGAGCCAGCACCAGGAGCAUGAAGAUUCUUCAGUGCUUGGGCAGCAGGAGAGAGCUUAUCUGGAGGAAGAGCAGCUCAGGGUUAUGGCUCGAGUGGACGAGCUGAAGACUCGUGUCAAUGACAUGGAACAGCAGAUACAGGAGUCUAGACAAGAGGCAGAGAUGGAGAGGGCAUUACUGCAGGGGGAACGGAGGGCGGAGCUUGAUCAAGUGGAGGCAGAGCUGGAGAUCAUCAAUCAACUUCAGCUGAAACUGAAUGAAGUGGAAAAUUCAACUCAGAGGGAGAAAGAGAAGGAGAGAGCAAAAGUCUCAGCUGAGCGGGAUGUCCUGGCCAGGCUGAGGGAUUCGUACAGUGAGCUGAAGGGCCAGCUUCAUAAUUGCCCCGAAUCACUGAGGGAGCACUUACAGGAACAGCUGACCAGGAAGGUGGAGGCACUGGAGUCAGCCACUAAGCGCUUUGAGGAUUUGGAGUUCCGCCAGUUGGAGCGAGAGAGUGGCAUAGAAGAGGAGAAGGAGACGGUCAGUAGGCAGCUGUUGCAAGAGAAGGCAGAGUAUUUCCGGAGUGUGGUCAAAAGGAAGGAGAAAAUGGCAGCUCUGGAGAUCCAGGCUAAUCAACUUGGAAUUCAGUCAGCGCAGGAUUGUGAAAGGAUGGCCAAAGAUAGAACCAUGGCCCUACAGAUGCUUCAGAAGGAAAAGGAGAGACUGUCUGCCCUGGAGAAGAGGUACCAGAGCCUGACCGGUGGAAAGACUUCCUCCAAGCCUGCCAACUCUAAGGAGGAAGUGCUUUACAUCAGUGAACCUGACCUUUUAAAUGAACUCCCAACCCAAAAUUCUCUGCUCCCCUCAUCAUGUUGUCAAAGAUCUACCCCUCAGAUAUAUUCUAACAGGCCACAGGAGGAGUACCUCAGACUCUCUGAUGUAUAUAAGAUGUAUGGGAACGGAUGUAUCCCCGCCCAGACUGCCUUCUCUAAUGCUCUUUGUCUACCGCUGGCUGUAACAUCAGACACACCUCGUGAGGAGUAUGUGACAGUCAGUCAGUUAAACCAGCUGUUCGGGAUGCCCAAAGUUGACCCCUCCCCCACAUCUCCAGUCCAAUCAUUCCAAGCUAUUGUCGCUGACCCUGUCCACUCCAGCCACACAUCCCAGUGUGGCUCCUCCCAGUCACUUCCUGUUGAGACCCAGCCUGCAUGGACUAGGCCCUCAAUCCCCAGGCUAGAUUCAGAGCGCUGGUACCAGGAGAUUAUGGCAGCAGGGGAGCCCAGUCAUGCCUGUCCUCCCCCUCUGCCAGCUAAGUGUAUCUCCUCACGUAAACCUAUGCAGAUCUAUAAGCAGGACAGUGAGCUGGGACAGAACAACGGCACCUUUACACCCCCGCCUUCCAAUAUGAGCACAUCAGGAAGAAACACACCCACCAAAAGUCUCCCAGAUCUGUCUCCUGCUUAUUUAGACUUAGACUCCAAGAGACAAUUGGAUCUCCAUGGCAGAGGGCUCUAUACUUGUGAUGAUUCCAGAAUCAGGCCUAUGGAUCCUAAACAGAACCACUGGGGGGCACCACAGGACUCUCACUCCCCUUUCCCACCUUCAGGUGCUCCCAUGGUACACCACUCCAUUCUGCACCACCAAGCACCCCCAGCUGGAGAGUCAGCAUAUGACACUCUGAGUUUGGAGAGCUCUGACAGCGUGGAGACCAGCGUAUCUACUGGCAACAACUCCACCUGUUCACCUGAAAGCAGCAAUGGGCUGGCCGGACUGAGGCUGGAGGAGAUGGAGAAGAUGUUGAAGGAGGCCCAGCAGGAGAAAGCCAGACUGGUGGAGAGUCGAGAGAGGGAAGUCCAGGCACGAAAGCAGCUGCUGGAGGCUGAGAGAAGACGGCGAGAGGAGGUGGAGAGGAGGCUCCAGGAUGAAACUGCACACAGACAGAGACUCGUGGAGGAAGAGGUCAAGCUGAGAGAGAAACAAUGUUCUCAGGCUCGGCCAAUGACGCGCUACCUGCCUAUUCGAAAAGAGGAGUUUGACCUGCGUUCUCAUGUGGAGUCAUCAGGCCACUGCGUGGACACAUGUGCAUAUGUCAUUGUUCAAGAGAAAAUGUGCAAGGGCCAUCUUGUGAAGAUGGGAGGCAAGAUCAAAUCUUGGAAAAAACGCUGGUUUGUCUUUGAUCGACUUAAAAGGACCUUCUCUUAUUACGUAGAUAAACAUGAGACCAAACUAAAGGGUGUCAUCUACUUCCAAGCUAUAGAAGAGGUGUAUUACGAUCACCUGCGCAGCGCAACUAAGAGUCCGAAUCCUUCGCUAACCUUUUGUGUGAAGACUCAUGAUCGACUUUAUUUCAUGGUGGCACCGUCCCCAGAGGCCAUGCGCAUUUGGAUGGACGUCAUAGUAACGGGUGCCGAGGGCUACACGCAGUUUAUGACCUGAGGGAGAGCGGAUGCGACUCUGCCUGCAGUGAUGUGAGAGCAGGCAGGACUCAUUUAACAGGACGUGUAACAUAUGCAAUAUAAUGUUUAAAAACUUCAGCCAGCACUGACAUUGUGACAAGAGAAAAACUGGAAAGCAGGCUGGCCUGAUGACGACGUAUUAUUGUGCAACUGAUGGUCAGAUUUUAUGUUACUAAAAACAGAAACUGAAAAUAUACAUAUAUAUAUAUAUAUAUAGAUGGAAAGAGUGGAAGCAAAGAAUGUUUUUCUCUGUGUAUUGUUGUAAUAUAGAGAAAGGAGACAGUUACAGAGCUUGCAGUAUUUCAUGGCAUUUCAAAUCAAUCAUAUUGCAUUUUUUUAAUCUACAGUUUUAUGGUGCCCAAUAUUCAGGUGUAUAUACAUCAAUGUAUUAACUUUUUACUUUUAGUUAUUUAGGUGCAGUUACAUACAAUUAGAUUAAAUGUAAUAGUACAUGAUAGCAGUCAUAAUCUCUUUUAGGUAGAAAAUCAGCAUUCACAUUUUAAAUAGCUAUGAAAUACAUUUUACUGCAUUUCAGGUGCUGUAUGUGUCAGAUAUAUAUAAUGUUCUUUGCUGCAAAGUUUAUAAAAAAAAAUGGUUCAGGUGCUCAGUUAUGUAACUGAAAACUGUAGCCCUGCUACCUGAUUUGUACAUUUAUCAUACAAGAUAAUUUGGUGGGGGACCAUUGCAGUAAAUAUUUUUGGUUUCAAGACCUUUGUACCGACAGGUUUUGCCUUGCCAAAGCUUUACCCAUGUUGAUAUAUGUACUCUGACUUGCACAUCUUUUAUUUCAGGUAUUUAAAAAAUGUGUGGAUGCGCCACUAUGAUUUAUAAUCCGAUAUUGUGCUGUUCAGAUUAUUGAUAUCAUCUUUAAUGAGAAAAACAGUGUGAACUUUUGAUAAUUCAGUGUUACAACACUAAAAAUGUAUUUCUAAAUAUUAACUUUUUUUUAAACAAGUAGCAUAUACUCUUAAGCAAAUAAAAAGUCUAACGAAGUAUAA